AUGAAGAGAUCAAGUGUUUUUAAAUGGCAUAGGCAGUUUAAGGAGGAGUGGGAAGAUGUCCACAAUAAUGUACGAAAUAGGCAGCAAAAAACGCAAAGGAUGGAUGCAAAUGUGGACAGAUGGCAAACCCUCGUACACUCAGAUCAAAUAUUGAGUGUGCGAAUGAUGGCAGAAGAAUUGAACAUGAACAGGGAAACAGUGCAGCAGAUUCUACUGGAGGAUUUGAGAAUGAGAAAGUUUUCCACAAAAAUGGUGCCUCCAGUUUUGACAGAAGAUCAGAAAGAACAUCUUCAAAUUUCAUCCUGUCUUUUGAAGAAUGCAGUGGCGUUUGACUUUUUUUUUUUUUUUUACAGUCCAUUCUAG